GAAUGGAGCGGUCGAGCAUCCUGGCUCCUCCUCCUUCCCUGCUGCCGGCCCCUCUUAUUUGAGCUUUGGGAAGCUGGGGGCAGCCAGGCAGCUGGGGUAAGGAGUUCAAGGCAGCGCCCACACCCGGGGCUCUCCGCAACCCGACCGCCUGCCCCGCUCCCCCUUUCCUUUUCCCUCCCUCCCUCCCUCCCACCCACUCAUUCACCCACCCACCCACCCAGAGAGAGGACCGCAGCCCAAGAACCCGGGCCGGCCGCCUCCUCGCCGCGAUCCUGGACUUCCUCCUGUCGCUGGAGCCGGCUUCCACGUGUGUCCCGGAGCCGGCGUCUCAGCACACUCUCCGCCGGGAGCCCGGGUGCAUUCAGCAGCCGGAGCAGCCAGGGGACCGAGGCUCCCGCAGCACCUGGGCCAAGUCCGAGAGUCCGCAGGAUCGCAGGAGCGGAGAGCGGUCCGCAUCCGAACCGCAGCUCAUGGGUUCCGACGUGCGGGACCUGAACGCGCUGCUGCCCGCCGCCGUGUCCUCGCUGGGCGGCGGCGGCGGCGGCUGCGGGCUCCCCGUGAGCGGCGCGGCGCAGUGGGCGCCGGUGCUGGACUUCGCGCCUCCGGGCGCCUCGGCUUACGGGUCGCUGGGCGGUCCCGCGCCUCCUCCCGCUCCGCCGCCGCCUCCGCCGCCACCCCACUCCUUCAUCAAACAGGAGCCCAGCUGGGGCGGCGCCGAGCCGCACGAGGAGCAGUGCCUGAGCGCCUUCACCUUGCACUUCUCCGGCCAGUUCACCGGCACAGCCGGGGCCUGUCGCUACGGACCCUUCGGUCCUCCCCCGCCCAGCCAGGCGUCCUCCGGUCAGGCCAGGAUGUUCCCCAAUGCGCCCUACCUGCCCAGCUGCCUGGAGAGCCAGCCCACCAUCCGUAACCAAGGAUACAGCACGGUCACUUUCGAAGGGGCGCCCAGCUAUGGCCACACGCCCUCGCAUCAUGCGGCACAGUUCCCCAACCAUUCCUUCAAACACGAGGACCCCAUGAGCCAGCAGGGCUCUCUGGGCGAGCAGCAGUACUCGGUGCCACCUCCGGUGUAUGGCUGCCACACCCCUACUGACAGUUGCACAGGCAGCCAGGCCCUGCUCCUGAGGACACCCUACAGCAGCGACAAUUUAUACCAAAUGACCUCCCAGCUUGAAUGCAUGACCUGGAAUCAGAUGAACCUAGGAGCUACCUUGAAGGGAAUGGCUGCUGGGAGCUCCAGCUCAGUGAAAUGGACAGAAGGGCAGAGCAACCACGGCACAGGGUACGAGAGUGAGAACCACACGACCCCCAUCCUCUGUGGUGCCCAGUACAGGAUACACACUCAUGGUGUCUUCCGAGGCAUUCAGGAUGUGCGGCGGGUGUCUGGAGUGGCCCCAACUCUUGUCCGGUCAGCAUCCGAAACCAGUGAGAAACGUCCGUUCAUGUGUGCAUACCCAGGCUGCAAUAAGAGAUAUUUUAAGCUGUCCCACUUACAGAUGCACAGCCGGAAGCACACUGGUGAGAAACCAUACCAGUGUGACUUCAAGGACUGCGAGAGAAGGUUUUCUCGCUCAGACCAGCUCAAAAGGCACCAAAGGAGACACACAGGUGUGAAACCAUUCCAGUGUAAAACUUGUCAGCGAAAAUUUUCCCGGUCCGACCAUCUGAAGACCCACACCAGGACUCAUACAGGUAAAACAAGUGAAAAGCCCUUCAGCUGUCGGUGGCACAGUUGUCAGAAAAAGUUUGCGCGCUCAGACGAAUUAGUCCGCCAUCACAACAUGCACCAGAGAAACAUGACCAAACUCCAGCUGGCGCUUUGAGGGGUCCGACCCGGAGACAGUCCAGCAUCCCGGGCCAGAAAGGGUGCAAACUGCUUCCAAUUCUGAUUUUGAAAUUCCUCCCACUCACCUACAAAAGGACACGACGGUGGAUCUUCAUCCGACUUCUGAGACGGCACACCUGUUUGACUGUGUCCUAUCAGGUUUGCCGAAAGGAGUCGGUGCUCCGCCCACUCUUGAUUAACUCACGGGCCUGAAAAAAGUGGCUCACGGUGUUUAGAAAGUCCAUUGUCAUUGCCUGAAUCUUCUACCGUUAGAAGAACCAUUGUUGAUAAUGUCUCCUAACUUUCCUCUUCCCCUUUGUGAUCAUUUCGCCAGGAUUAGAGCGAUCGUUCCAUUUUCUUUCGUGGGAUAUUUAUAGGCCAGGGCAUGUGUAUGUGUCUGCUAAUGUAAACUCUGUCGUGGUUCCCAUUUACUAACAGCCCUAGAAAGAAAUAAAUCAGAGAGCAAGGCACCAGGGGCAAGUAUCCGUGCAGAAUUUCAGAGGUCAGCCUGCAAACCUGGAAACCUGGAAGGCCGGAUGUAAUUCUACCAGGCGAUUUUUAAAGCUCAUAGGUUUCGAGUAACUGCAUAGUGGAUUAGAAUUAACUAGAACCCCUGUACAGUUAGGACAGAAAGGAGCCUUCGUGUUCACCUACUCACUGUUAGCAUUAGCACUGGGCUCUUAAGAAAUGAUGUUUUAAGAGCAGAGUUUUUUUUUUUUAAUGUUUUUGAUUUAUUUUUUAGUUGUAAUUAGGUACAUCUUCAGAGAUGCACUUUGCUCCUCAUGUGUAGGAAGUGGAAGUCUCAUUUCCAUCAUCUGGGGUGUCUUUAGAGUGUACAGACCACACUGGCUAUGUGGCUUCAAGUUGUAAAAAUUAAAAUGACUUUAAAAGAAACUAGGGGCUGGUCCAGGAUCUUCACUGGUUCUUAAGUAACUUAAGUAUCUUUGAAUCUGCAAGUAUGUGGGGAAAAAAAGAUAUAUUAUUGUGAGGAAAUCCACUGUCUAAAGGUGUGCGUGUGUUGUUGUUAUUGUUGUUGUUUUUUUUAAAGGGAGGGAGUUUAUUAUUUACCGUAGCUUGAAAUACUGUGUAAAUAUAUAUGUAUAUAUAUAUGAUGUGCUCUUUGUCAACUGAAAUUAGGAGGUGUAUGGGUAUUAGCUACAUCACUGUGUGGAUGUCAAUCUUACAGUAUAUUGAUGAUAAUACUAAAAAUGUAACCUGCAUUUUUUUUCCCCACUUGGCUGUCAAUUAAAGUCUAUU